UUGAGACGGUGUCCUCGGUCUGCCCGAGUCAAUAGUCGGACGUUUUGUUGUUAGGGGUCACCCCGGCGGCGACAGCUCUACGUUGGAGGCCUACGGCUUAAGACCAUCAUCGGUAGGUAUUGUGAGACCCAAGAGAGAGAAGUACAAGUAUAUAAGGAAGGGACAGCCAGGUAGGUAGGGAGUAAACAAAACGGAAGCUCAAUUUGAAUCAUCAUCUUCCCCGUGCUCUUUGAACAUCUGUCUUCCUUAUCACAGCAGUCACCACCGAAUAUCACUUACAUCAUGGACUCCUUCAAGGCCGGCGACAUCAUCGAACCCGGCAGCUCUGUCAAGUCCAAGAACGGCAAAUACGAACUUGUCUUCCAAGACGAUGGCAACUUUGUCCUCUCCGACGUGUCUUUCCGCCGGGUACUUUGGAGCACUGAUACCGCCAGUUCUUAUCGCAAGGCUGCUAGGGGCCUCUUGCAAGACGACGGCAAUCUCAGGCUUUUCGACGACAACAACGGACAAGUAUGGUCAAGCCAUACCGGGGGUAAGGGCGAUGCUAGCUCCUUGUUGACUGUGCAAGACGAUGGCAAUGUCGUCCUCUCCUCCAACGGAAAUCAGAUCUGGGCCACCAACACGGCACAGAAGGAGCCGGAGAAGCCGGCGGACCCUACAGUGGGAGCCAAGGACCGUCUCAAUGCUGGCGAGGAGUUGACCAAGGACCAACGCAUAUCCUCUCCCAGCGGCGAGUACACCCUGAUCAUGCAGGCUGACGACAAUCUGGUCCUCUACAAGAAGAAUAAGGGUCCGAUCUGGGCCAGAGGCAAGACUGCUGGCAUUCCUGGAGAGAAGCUCGUCUUCCGUGGAGACGGAGAGUUGGAACUGCUUACAUGGUCAGGCUCUCAGAAAUGGGUAACUGGCACUGCUGGCAGAGGCAACAGCAACUCAUUCUUUGCGGUCAGAGAUGACGGCAAUAUGGUUAUCUCGACUGACGGUCAGAUCGUCUGGUCGUCGAAGACGGGCCCGGAGCUACCUGAGGCAAAGAGAGACCGCAUCAAGGGCGGUGAGAGACUUCUAGCAGGAGAGGUGCUCACUUCCCCCAAUGGCAAGUUCACUCUCACCUUCCAGAGCGACGGCAACUUUGUUCUCUAUGAGGGCGGCGAAUCCAGGUGGGCUUCAGGCGGUCGUACCUACGGACGUGGAGGCUGGCUUCUGUUGACUAGCGACGGCAACUUGACAACAUUCGAUGAUGACCAGGGUUCCCGGUGGUCUUCUCGAACAAGAUACAGACGCACCGGAGGUGAUUGCGAACUGAUCGUCCAAGACGACGGUGCUGCGGUGCUGAAGCUCGACGGAAUCACCACCUGGGCCGUCAAUGGAGGCUCGGCACAAACAUACGAACCCCGUGAUUUCUCCCCUGUCACAUCCGGUGACAAAAUCAGCCCUGGACAGUACUUGGCUGCCGGUCAGUCUAUCACCUCCAGCAACGGCGAUAUGACCGCAACGCUGGAUGAAAACGGCCAGUUUGUUGUUCGCUACACCAAGACAGGAGACUUCAUCAUCAUCUCCACCAACCCCCGGAAGGAAACCGAUACGAAGCUGACCGUCGGCUACAACGAUGACGUGAUCCUCUGGGGUGCCAACGGAACCAAGAUUUGGCAGCCCUCCAACAACGUCGACAAGUUUGCCAUGCAUUUCGAAGAUGAUGACAGGGAGCGCUUCUUCCGCCGUGACACAAACGGCAGUCUAAUCCUCAGCGGCAACGGCAACCUGAAGCUCUACGGCUCCGGCUGGCCGAAUGACCUGAUCUGGACCAGUGGUCGCUCCUUUGCCGGAUUCUCGGGCAAGAGGAUCUCGCAGCUCAAGCCCGGCGAGAUUCUCGUCAUCGGUCAGAACCUGCUCUCCGACAACGGCGACCACGAGCUCUCCCUCCUUCCCUCCGGAAACCUCCGCAUCCGCAACACUCGUUUCAACACCAGCGUCUACUAUUUCACCAACGAUGACACCAGACUCACAGACGCACAUUACCUCGAAUUCGGCCAAGACCACGUCCUCGAGGUCCGCGGCGAGACCAAUGGCAUGAUCUGGCGCUCUUCCAACCGCCAGUACAAGCCACCCCAAUACAGCGGCAGCCACGGCGGCGGCGGCGGUCGUGACAGACUCGACCCUCCCCGCUUCAUCCUCGACGACCGCGCAUCCGCCUACAUCCGCGCCGUCGACCUCAGCUACCGUGCCGACUACGUCGCCUGGUGGAUCACCGACCUGGAGUCCUGUCUCUCCCCGGUGCGGCCCAGCUCCUUCGGCGACACCCUCCGCCCCGGUUUCACCAUGAAGCCCGAGCACAUUCUGACCAGCAACAGCGGCGAGUACCUGGCGCGCUUCAACAACAAGGGCGAGUUCGCGCUCAUCUGUAACACGGAUCACAGCCACGGGUCGGCGCGCCGGGGCGAUAUCAUGUGGCGGGCCAAGGGCGCGGCAAAUUCGAAUUCGGUAUGGAUCACGGCCGAUGGGAAUCUGUGCGUGGGCGUGGAGGAGAAGCAGAAGGUUAAGUGGCAGAGUGAGACGGCUGGUUCCGGGACGGAUGCGCGGUUGGUGGUGCAGGAUGAUGGGAAUAUGUGCGUUUAUGCGGGGGAGAAGUGCGCGUGGCAUAGUGAUACGAAGGGUGGGUGGAGGAGGGAUUAUGAUUAUUAGGAGGGGGUUGGGAAGUGAUGUCGUUUGUGUGGAGC